AUGAACCUGAGUUCACUCGAGGGAAGCGAGCUCCGUCCUGUUUUUGAUGUUUUCGACAAGAAUAAAGAUAACUCCAUCGACGUUGCUGAGCUGAGUUUAGUCAUGAAAGAGCUUGGUUAUAAAACAACGAAGAGAGAAUGCGAGAAGUUGAUAAAAAUCGUGGACCUAAAUCACAAUGGGAAAGUGGAAUUUAACGAGUUCAAAAAAAUGAUGUCUUUGAAGCUGAUGCGACAAACGAAAGAGGAAGAGAUGCGUCAAAAAUUCAGGACCUUUGACAGAAAUGGGGACGGGUUAAUUUCGAAGGAGGAGGUAAAGCAGGUUAUGGAGAUAAUCGGGGAGCCGAUGACGGAUGCGGAGGUCGAUGAACUCGUAAGUAGCUGUACGUAA